AAUAAAUUACGGAGUGAGGGAACGACGCUCAACGAAACUACUCUUCAGUCUAAGCGGAGUGAGUGAGCCCCUGCACCUGCCUAUAAAGGUUGGCGACGAGGAUUGAUGAUGAUUGUUUACGCCAGAGCAUGAUUGAGCUCCUGUGAUCGACGAGCAUGGUCUGGAAUAACCCAGCGCAUUAAAAAAGGUCAGGAGACAGUUGACGAAGAAUUAGUGGGUAAAGGGCAAAACCACUUUAAUGGCGUGAUUAAGAGAGGGAGGGAGGAGGAAGAUAAUUGACCAGAGGGGAGAGAGAGAGAGAGUGGGGGGGAUGAUGCAGGAACAGAGGAAGAAGGUCCUACGAAGAUGGGGGCAAGGCAUGGUCCCAAAAUUUGGGGUCUCGAUGUUUUUAAUAGAAUUAGGGUUGGGGAUUUGGGGGUUGCCAGUUGGGAAACGACGGAGGGCCUUCACUACUCUUACUGCUGGGAGUUGUACCAGAAGAAAGCAAAGCAAAAGCCUGGCUGGCUUUGGCUGGCCCCUGACACAUAAAUAUUCAACGCUCUACUUUUUUUUCUUCUUCUCACUAUUCUUUUACAGUUUGCUUGACUGAUUGAACGGAGGAGACUUCGUCGGGGCGAGGGGGAGGGAGGGAAGGGAAGCGGGAUGUGGCUGUUUAAGAAGAAUGGGCCUUCUGGGUUCUCUUCUUCUUCCACUGCCGAGCAAGUCACUUUUGGGAUUGAUGCCUCUUCCCUCACCGCCAUUGUUACAGGUGCAUCCAGUGGGAUUGGUGCUGAAACGGCUCGUGUUCUGGCAGUGAGGGGAGUUAAUGUGAUCAUGGCGGUAAGGAAUAUGGAUUCAGGUAAAAAAAUGAAAGAAGAAAUUGUUAAACAAGCUCCCUCCGCCAAAGUUGAUGCCAUGGAAUUGGACCUCAGCUCUUUGGCCUCCGUCCGGAAAUUUGCCUCAGCUUUCAACUCCUCUGGUCGUCGUCUCAAUCUUCUUAUGUAUGUGAAGCAUCACUAUAACAAUGCAGGCGUCAUGGCGACCCCCUUCACGCUUUCCAAAGACAACAUCGAGCUCCAGUUCGCAACUAAUCAUUUGGGUCAUUUUCUCCUGACCAAUCUACUGUUGGAGAAUAUGAAAAAAACUGCUGUCGAAAGUAAGAAGGAAGGAAGGAUUGUAGUGGUCGCGUCAGAGGCUCACCGGGUUACAUAUCCUAAUGGCAUUCGUUUCGAUAAAAUUAAUGACAAGUCAGGAUAUUUUUCUUACCUUGCAUACGGGCAAUCAAAGCUUGCUAAUAUCUUGCACGCAAAUGAGCUUUCCAGACGUUUAAAGGAAGAAGGUGCAAAUGUAACUGCAAAUUCUGUUCAUCCAGGAGUAAUUGCCACCAAUCUUUUCCGCCACAUGACUCUCAUCUCUGUUCCUAUGCUUUCAGGCAUAAUUGAAGCAGUUGGUAAGCUUGCAUUCAAGAAUGUGGAGCAGGGCGCAGCUACAACCUGCUAUGUCGCAUUGCACCCACAGGUGAAAGGGAUAAGCGGCAAGUAUUUCUCAGACUGUAAUUUGUCGAAACCAACUUCCUUGGGGCAGGAUGCUGCCUUGGGAAAGAAGCUGUGGGACUUCAGCAUGGAGUCAGUCAAGUAAUCAUCCAUGAAAAAGCCACAGAUUGUUACAGGACCCUUCAAAAAAUAAAUUUGUAUUUCACGACAAUUAUUUAUAUCCGAUCUCUCCCUUGUUUAUCUUUAUCCUAUAGAAAAGCAUGAAAGAUAGAAAAGACUAGUGAAGUAAAUGUCUCGAAGCACCAGAGACUUUCAGCUGACCUCUACAUUUCCAAAUGUAUAUGGUAAUGGAAGUUGCUGGUUUACGAGUAAAAAGUUAAGAUUUUUAAGUGGACAGGUGUUUGUAGGUGUUCAUGAAUUUAUUGAACAUCUCAAGGUCGUGUAAAUGUAAUGAUUUAUGUAGUUGGAUUCCCGGUAUUGGUCUAGCUUAUGUAGUGGCCUUGUGCUGAGAUACUUGAGACCCAAGAAACACCUUUGUUUUAGUUCACAACGAUCUAUCACAACUACCUGUAGAAUGAAAGAAAAUAGCAGAAACAAUUGCAGAAUCGACCGCUUUGCAUCUUCAUUAUACUAAAAUUGGUGUGUACAUACAACAACAAAUUCAGUUUCCAACAGAAAACAGAGUUCAGUUGUACCAAAAGGAAAGCUAUAAGAAGCCGGCAAGAGACAGAUAUGCACAAGACUCCAUUUCCCAAACAAAUUCCUCAGUUCCAAAUCCCACAUUCACUUCACUUUAUCCACCUUCUGUACAUCAGCCUGAACAAAAUCUAACAAAGGCGCCAAAUUCGCUUCUCCAUGUUCUAUUCUCACAGUGAUCUUCUAACAGAAUAUACCUGCCUUGUAUUCCAAGGACCAACUGCCUUACACGGGAACAAUGCAGCCACAAGCUGCCCCUAGUAAAUCGACCCAAAAUAACAUUACCAGAAGUGCCUAGCAUCGUUCUCUCUCUCGCUCUCCCUCUCUGAAGUCUGAACCAACCAACCUUAUUCCUCAUUUCCAUCCUCGCGUGACCUUAUUGUUUACAUUAGCAUCCUUGGAUAGAAAAAAGAAUCCCAAAAGUUGGAU